GAAUUCCCACCUUUAAAUUAACACCUUUGGUAUAAACGACAAGGCUUGGGAGAAUUUAGUUUAUAUUUAUUUUAGAUGCACAAUGAUUAUUGUCUAUAUUUUGGGAAGUGUUUUGUUAACUACAUCCUAUACAAGUAGCUACGUCAUCAAUACUGAUCGCGACAGUUUGGGCUAUAUCAAUGGCAACGAAGAUGCUGAAACAAACCCCUACAGCUUAUAUUUACAAAAUAAUCUACCGUCACCUUACCCACCAGUAACAAAUCCUUACAGAUAUUAUGGACACAAUUAUGUACCGACAUCUUACCCGCCAGUAACAAAUGCUUACAGAUUUUAUGGACAAAACAAUGUACCUUAUUCACCAGUAAACUAUGCGGUACCUAGUUAUUUUCAAAAGUACCUGCUUUCUCCAGAUUUGAGCUUAAACCAAAUUCAGCCCGAGACAAGCUCACUUGUAGAUAAUAGUCACAUUCCAGAUAUUGCCUGGAGCAACUAUGACAGAUACCCAGAAAGUCAUGAGUAUUCAUACAUAGGAGGGGAUAACAAUGCAGACAGGGAGUGGAAAAGCGGUUUUAACGGGAAAGCGACAACAUUUUCGAUAAAAAAAGAACGAGGACCUGUGCAAAUCAAUGCAGACUUAUCAUUUGUCCCAUCAGAAAAUUCAAAUGAAAAUUACCAAAAGUAUGAAACACCAAACGAAGGUAUUUUGACAAACACGCCAACAAAACUAGAUAAACAGAUCAUUGACAAGGAUUUUAGCACUCCCUACACAACUCUUGGAAACGUAUUUUACAGUCAAAAGUAUACUGACAAAGAUUCGGGGAAAGAUUCUGGAAGUGACAAAUCAAAAUCUAGCUCAAAAUCCACGCCAGGUGCUCAACUAUCUAAAGGAGUUAAACCUUCAGACCACACAUCCCCUACUUUAGUUGAAGUAACUACAACGAUGAAUAACCAAAACAAAUCUCAAAAGCAUAACUUGAAAAAAGAAUCUCCAACAAAUAGGAAGGGGGGCUUAGGGGACUUACUUUUUGAAGGACUUAAAUAUGUCGGGGAUACACUUGGUGAGACUGCACAUCAGGGUAUCAAAAGUUUAUUUAAUAAGAUAAGUAACAGGAAUUUAGUGGGGUUGCUGGAAGACAAUGAACAAGAAUCAAGUACCAAUACUACUGACGCAGAUACCCAAUCAGAUAAUCCAGAAGGAUCUGAGGAUAAUAACCAAGAAGAUAUAGAUGAUGGUUCCAAAAAACUAAGUAAACUGAGAACUCUUACAGAUAUACUGAGGCUACUGGAAGACUUCCAAGAAGAAUCUAAUAUAGAUACCAUUCUAUCAGGUACAGGGUUAGAUAAUCAGUAUGAAUCUCAAGAAAGUAACCUUGAAGAAAAAUUGGGGACCAAUGCAAGGGGGAUUUGGGGUUCAAUAUUUACCGAUGUAGCCAGUUCGGUUAUAUAUGACGGUAUUAAAAAGUUAUUUGGAAUGAGAAGUCUUACAAAUUUACCGAGGCUACUGGAAGACUUCGAAGAAGAAUCAAAUAUAGCUACCAUUCUAUCAGGUACAGGGUUAGAUAGUUCUCAAGAAAGUAACCUUGAAGAAAAAGUCGGGACCAAUACAAGGGGUAUUUUGGGUUCAUUAUUUACCAAUAUAAUUUCAUCGGCCAUUUAUGACGGCAUUCAAUACGUAACUAAUAAGAUUUUUCAAAAGAGAAGCCUUACAAAUUUACGGAGAUUACUGAAAGACUUUGAAGAAGAAUUUAAUGUAGAUACCAUUCUAUCAGAUACGGAGUUAGACGAUCAAGAAAGUAGCCUUGAAGAAGAACCAACUGCAAUUGCAAGGUCUAUUUUAGGAAUUAUAGGAGGAGCGCUCUUCGGUAUAGCUAAGCUUGUAGCUAAGACAGUUGCGGGUAAAGCUAUAAUAAGUGGGAUCAAGAAAAUAUUUAAGAAAAGGGCUCUUGGAACUUUAACCAGGUUAUUAGAAGACAGUGAAGAAACACCCAUUACAAAUCCCUUUCAAGAAGAAACUGUAGAAUUCGGUACAGAGUCAUACAAUCGAGAAAGUACCCUUGAAGAAAAACCAACUGCAAUUGCAAGGUCUAUUUUAGGAAUUAUAGGAGGAGCGCUCUUCGGUAUAGCUAAGCUUGUAGCUAAGACAGUUGUGGGUAAAGCUAUAAUAAGUGGGAUCAAGAAAAUAUUUAAGAAAAGGGCUCUUGGAACUUUAACCAGGCUAUUAGAAGACAGUGAAGAAACGCCCAUUACAAAUCCCUUUCAAGAAGAAACUGUAGAAUUCGGUACAGAGUCAUACAAUCGAGAAAGUACCCUUGAAGAAAAACCAACUGCUAUUGCAAGGUCUAUUUUAGGAAUUAUAGGAGGAGCGCUCUUCGGUAUAGCUAAGCUUGUAGCUAAGACAGUUGUGGGUAAAGCUAUAAUAAGUGGGAUCAAGAAAAUAUUUAAGAAAAGGGCUCUUGGAAAUUUAACCAGGCUAUUAGAAGACAGUGAAGAAACACCCAUUAUAAAUCCCUUUCAAGAAGAAUCUGUAGAACUCGGUACAGAGUCAUACAAUCAAGAAAGUACCCUUGAAGAAAAACCAACCGCAAUUGCAAGGUCUAUUUUAGGAAUUAUAGGAGGAGCGCUCUUCGGUAUAGCUAAGUUGGCAGCUAAAACAGUUGCGGGUAAAGCUAUAAUAAGUUUGAUCACGAAUAGAUCUAAGACAGGAACCCUUGGAAUUUUACCGAGGCUAUUAGAAGACAGUGAAGAAAACCCCACUAUAAACACAAGAAUAAAGGAUAUAUUUCCCAUAGGAUGGAUUCUACCACCAUCUAGUUUUCUGACUGGAAGACCUAUGAAGUGGAUAAAAGAUAUAGGAGCAUAUAAAACUGGCAAUACUGAUGAUAAAGAAAACUGGGAAGAGUUUGUUGUAAACAAACAUCUUAUAGAUGAAAAAGGUUCAUUUGAUGUUGAAAUAAACUCCAAUUCAAAUGAACGAGAACAUGUGCUAAAGAUAAAAGUCAGCAAGAAGUCACCAGAACAAAUUUUGAUUGCAGAAAUGGAUAAAUAUAUAUACGAUCUCUACAAAACACUUAAAGAUAUAAAUAAACAAUCCAAAAAAGGAAAGAAGACUACUAGAGUGAGACGUGACUUGCAAAACAAAGAUCCUGUUGGUCUUCGUCACAGCUUAGAACUAUCCGAUAAUACCAAAAUCGAUGAUGACUUGGAAACACCUCUACAAGAUUAUAGUUAUUAUUAUGGUAAUGAAGACAUUUUAAGAGAUAAUUUGUUAAACACACCAUCUAAACUUGACAAAUCUGUGCUACAACAGAUAUUCUUCAACGUACUAUAUUCAAAUAAAUAUCUGGAAGACAUAAGCUGGUUUGACAGAAGAAAAAUCAAACCAUUAUUCUUAAAUUAUAUUCAAAGUUUGUCAAAUACAUACUUGUCACCAGAUAUGAAAAUCGACUUGAUAAACCUCCGUAACUAUAUAGCAAUGGGAUAUUUCAAUCAUGUUUAUUAUGGUGUUGAAGAACCAACUGUUCUAGAAGUGAUCAAUGAAUUGAUGACCACUGUUAACAACAUCAUUUUCAAACAUCAGAAUGACCAAGAAAUGAUGCAAGAAAUAAAUGAACAACAUGACAAAAAUGAGAAGACUAUUUUCUUUGUCAUUAAACGAUUUAAAUUAGAUAAGAGUUCAUUGUUUAUAAAAAUUACAUCUAGUUUUAAAGCACAAUAUGUAGUGGAUAUAGAGCUUCUACAUACAUCAGCUGAACCAUUUGCUACUAGGGAUGCUAUAAAUAAAUAUUUUAAACCCACUUUAAAGUUAUUUAAAAGCGCCAAGGAGCCUGUUCAAAAAAUAAAGGAUCAUAUGAAAAAUCUAGUUGAUGUUAAAAAACUUGUUCCGGUGAACUUUGCAGCAGUAAAGAAUCCAGGUAAAUCGCCCAAUAUAAAUAAAACUAAGGAUGCUGAUCUUAAACAAAGGUCAAAAUAUGCAAAUGAGGAUAAGUUGGUUGAAGACUUUAUUGAUGAAAAAUUGUUGGACCUAGAAAGUGACGAAGACGAAGAUAGUUAUUCCUACACUGAAAGCUCCUUUGAAAAUGGAUCAUUUUUGACAACAGGAGAUAUCGUAUAUCGUGACAUAAACGUGAAAAAAAUACUGUCCAAAAUACUGCCGACAAAUACAAUAUUGCACCAGAUUGAUGUGUUUAAGAAAAAACACUUUGGGUCACCUUUAAAUGUGAAAAGAGGAGAAAAUGUUAAUGAUGUUUUAGAAAAAAUGAAGAAGAUCUUGAAAAAACUACGACUGUAUCUGUUAUUCACGAAAAAAAAUUUGGUAGGUAAAGGACAACAUUUGCUGUUUGAGCAAAUUGAUCAGCUUCUUCGACUACAAGAAAGCUAUGCAGACAGUUUAGAAAAUAUCAUUCAACCUGACAAUAAUGACGGAAGUUUGUUCAAAUAUCUACACUUCCGAAAGUCUCCUCAAGACUCCAUACAAAACGAUGCUGAACAGUCACCAGAAAAUCUAGAAGAUCAAGAACAAGUUAAACUUAACGUGAACACACUAGAUCAACUUCUCCAGCUUCAAGGAACUUAUCUGGAUGGUUUAGACGACAAGUUUGAAGCCGUGGCCCUUUUUAAUGAUAAUUCGUUAAAACCUCCAUUCCAAGAAGAGAACAAAGGACCAAAACAAAAUGUGUUGAAGAAUGUACUCUCCAAAUUGCAGCAAAUUAACAAACUGAUGAAACUUCUUAAUGUAGUAAAACAAAAACGAUUUCAGUCACAUUUAAAAGAUGAAGUUAGACACCAUAUUAUUGAUAUGUUCGGAAAUAUGAAGAAAGUUUUAUUUGAACUAAAAACUUAUGUAGGGGGGGACAAAUAUAAGAUAACAUUAUCAGCAAAUGCUGAUAGUGUACAAGACGAACUGCAAGGUAAACCAGAAGCGCUAAAAAGUCAACAAUCAAAUGGAGUUGAUGUAAAUCAAAUAGAUAAACUUCUUCGUCUUCAAGAGAGUUAUGCAGAUAGUUUACAAGGAGUCUUUGAAGCAGAGGGCAUUCAUACCCAAAAUGUAGAUGACGACUUAAAAACAUCGUCCAAAAAUGAGAGCUCUAUUGAAAAACCUUCAGAAAACAAUCUUGACGACACUCCACAAGAUACGGCAGACCAAACAUCAAUGUUAGAUCAACUAAUUGGAGUUCAAGAACGUUAUGUAGAUCGGCUGUACGAUAUGUUUGAGGCAGAACAACAUUAUGUGGAGAAACAUACAAGUGAUUUAGACCAACAAUCUUCAGGUCGUAAAAGAAUACUUUCGACAAGAGAAAAUAUAUUGGAACACAUAAUUCCGCAAGUAAUAUUCAUAAACCAUCAGCUCAAUGAUUUAAGAGACUUAAAACGAAAAGAUCUAGUAUCGCCUGUCAAUGGAAACCAUAUUGAGAUGAUUGUUGACUUAUUGAAAAAUAUGAAAAGUAUUUUAGAAGAACUAAAACAAUUCAUGGGAGCUACAAAAUUCUCGUUCGACUCUCUAUUGAAGGACAAAACUUUGGUAGAUAACCAACAAAGUCUGAAGGAUCAGGAACAAAACCUAUUUGAACUAGAUAAAAUAGAUCAGAUUAUUCGAAUUCAAGUAAGCUACGCAGACAGCUUAGAAGAUCUAAUUAAUGGCGAAAAUCGUCAGAAUGACGACAAUUUGGACGACGAUUUAAAAAAACGUCCUCGAGAAGAAAGCUCUGUUAAACCUAUACCACCAAAUUUGCAAAAUGAAGACAAACUUUGGCGUAACAUUAAAGCAGUAGAUCAACUUCUGACUCUUCAACAGAGUUACUUGGAUAGCUUGGAUGAUGUGUUACAGGACGAAGAACUUGAUAAUGGUAGCGGUAAUGUAAAACAAAUCUCCCCAAACGAAACUACUUCUGACAUAAAAUCUCCAGAAAAAGAUGAACAAAAAACACGAAGUAUGGGAAAUGAACAACCACAUAUGGAUGACCUAAACACGAUAGAUCAAUUUCUACGGCUUCAAGAUAACUAUAACAAGUUAAGUGAUAUAUUUGCAGACGUAGAAUUAAAUAAUGACGAUUUUGAUGAUUUAAAACCAGCACAAAAUGAGAGUUCCACCACACCACCUGUAUCUCCAGUAGAACCACAAAAUAACAAAACAAACAAAUUGUUAGUUAGACCUAAAGUUUUAGUAAAGAACGAAGUGUUAAAACGAAUACAAUAUAUGCUAAAACAAAUAAACCAAUUACUAAUUGAUCCUAAAUCAUAUAAACAAAAAAGAACUAAACUAAGGCCGAAACCUCCAAUAUUAAGAAAUGCCUUUAUACCAGCACAUCAGAGUACUUCGACUUUACAACAUGCUGCUAAGAAAAAAGCACAAAGUGCAGACAAAAAAUCAGAAAAUAACAAAAAAGAUAAGCUCCGUGCAAAUAGCAAUGGCAAUAAAAGGUUAGAACAUGACGCUGGGGGAAAAGCUCAAAAAGAAGAACGUAAAAAAAUUGCAGAUAACAAAAAAUUGAAUCUCACUGUAAAUAGCAAUGAUCUUAAUACUUUGCAACAUGAUGCAGAAAGAAAAAAACAAAGUGCAGGACAUGGAAAAAUUGAAGAUAACAAAAAACUGAAUCUCACUGCAAAUAGCAACGAUCAUAACACUUUGCAACAUGAUGCAGAGAGAAAAAAACAAAGUGAAGAAGCUGGAAAAAUUGGAGAUAACAAAAAAUUUACUCAUCAUUACAGGUCACAACAGGAUGCUGAGACAAAAACACUACGUGCAGAUAACAAAAAAUUGAAGCCUACUGCAAAUAGCAAUGAUAAUAAAACUUUGGACCAUGAUGCUGAGAGAAAAACACAAAAUGAGGAAGAUGAGAAAAAAUUGAGGCUCACUACAAACAGCAAUGACAAUAACACUUUAGAACAUGAUGCAGAGAGAAAAACCCAAAUUGCCGAAGAAGAAAAACUAGAUAAUAUCAAACAAGAUAACUUGAAGCUCACUGCAAAUAACAAUGAUAAUAACACCUUAGAACAUAAUGCCGAGAGAAAGACACAAAGUAGGGAAGAUAAAAAAAUUAAAGAUCACAAAAAAUUGACGCCCCUUACAAACAGCAGUGAUGAUAAUACUUUAGAACAUGACGCAGAGAGAAAAACCCAAACUGCAGAAGAAGAAAAACUAGAUAACGAACAAGAUAACUUGAAGCUCACUGCAAAUAACAAUGAUAAUAACACCUUAGAACAUAAUGCCGAGAGAAAAACACAAAGUAGGGAAGAUGAGAAAAUUGAAGAUGACAAAAAAUUGCCGCUACUUACAAAUAGCAAGGAUGAUAAUACUUUAGAACAGGAUGCUGUCAUAUCUACACCGAUAAAGACUGUCGGUGAUGGGAAACCAGAAAAUCUGAAAAAUGAAGAAUUAGAACGUAGUGAAACAGAAGAAUUUAAGGCAAAUACUACGACUGACAUUUCUCAAAAGGGUGGUGAUGAAAAACAAAAAAAUUUGGAACACAAAGUAUUAGAACAAAAUGAAAUAGACAAAUUUUUACCCGCAGCAAAUACCAGUAACACUAAUACUUUAAACAAAGAUGUACAUGAAACACGACAGAAUUUGGACAACGAAGUAUCAGAACAUAAUGAGAAAGAAAAUACUAAUAAGAGUAACACUUCUAAGAAUGAUUAUGAUGAAAAACAAGAAAAUUUGGAAGACGGACAAUCAGAACUUGAUGAAACAGAUGAUAAUUAUGAUGAUGGAGCACCAGAAGAUUUGGAAGACAAACAUUUAGAACGUGAUGAAAAUGUGGCGAGCACCAAUGACACUAACACUGAUGAAGAUAAAGUAGAAGAUCAAGUUUUGCCGACGUCAUAUAACAACAAAAGAUCGUUCAUAUCGCAUGCGAAUUAUGGGAAAAAUGGCCAAAAUGUAGAAGACCAAAAACUAAAAGAAGAAAAAGAAGAAGGAGAAGACAACAUCAACGAUAACUCCGUACCUACAGCCAGCAAAAAUGAUACUAACACUUUAAAAAAUGAUUUCUCGAAUAACCCACAAAACGACAAAGGAGUAGAAACAAAUGUUAAUGUUACUAAUACGUUAGAAAAUGAUGCUGAAAGACAUUCACAAAAUUUAGAGGACAAAGAACUAGAGGAUAAUAACCAAGAUAAAUUAGUAGUUAAGAAAAACGCAAUUGAGGAAGAAGAAACACCAAGAUCAAGAUCUCUUCCCAGACUGAAAAGUAAAUUUAGAGAAAUACGUAAAAAAAAGAAUAAAAAUAGAAAUGAUAAGUUAAACAAGAAUAAAAACAAUAAAGAUAAAAAAGAAAAAAAGGAUAAAAAGGAUAACAAAGUUAGAAAAGAUAAAAAAGAUAAAGAUAAAGCCAAAAAAACACAUGUAAGGAAAGAAAAACAAAAGAAUUCAGGGAAAGACAAAAUAUCAAAAAAGAAAAAUCGCUUGAUUAUCCCCGUUGAAAAUGAUGCAGACGUAGAUGUUCCGCCCCAGGUAGAGAUAGAAGAUAAUGAUAACCCUUCCUCGCAACUGACAAAUCCAGAAGGUUCGGUAGAUAUCAAAUUGCCGGAUGAGAAUAAUCCAUCAGCAACGAUAGUACCAAAGCCAGAACCCGUAGUAACUCAUACCGAGCCGCCACCACCAAAUGUGAUGCAAGACCUCUCAGUAACUCAUACUGAGCUUCCUCCACCAAAUGUGAUGCAAGACCUCCCAGUAAGUCACACUGAGCCAAAACCACCAAAUGUGAUGCCAGACCUUCCAGUAACUCAUACAGAGCCACCACCUUCAAAUAAGAUGCAAGACCUCCCAGUAACUCAUGCUGAGCUGCCACCUCCAAAUGUGAUGCAAGAAGUGUCAGUAACUCAUGCUGAACCACCACCACCAAAUGUGAUGCAUGACCUCCCACUAACUCAUGCUGAGCUGCCACCUCCAAAUGUGAUGCAAGAAGUGUCAGUAACUCAUGCUGAACCACCACCACCAAAUGUGAUGCAAGACCUCCCACUAACUCAUGCUGAGUCGCCAACUCCAAACGUGAUACACGAUGCCUCAGUAACUCAUACUGAGCCGCCACCACCAAAUCUACUGCAAGAAACUAUGGAAACGCAGAACCCAAAUGAUGCAAUUGAUUUUAAAAUUUUUCGCGAACCAGAAAAUCGGAACAAAUCGACUAGUAUCAGUAACUAGAAUAAGUGUUUUUACUAAGAUAGUAACUUAUUUAAAAAAAUGUAUCACAGUACUCUUUUAUGGUCAUUAAUUGCAGAAAGUUGACAUCAUUUUUGGUCAUUUCAUCUAUAUACGAAAUAAUAUGUAAAAUAAACGAAAUGACUUAGUUUA